CCGCACAGCCCGGGGCAGCCGCCGCCGUCCCGGCCCGGUCCGCUGCUCCGCUCCGGUUCCGCUCCUCUCUGCGGUUCCCAUGCGGGGCGGCCCCGCGCCCCCCCCCCGCCCAUGGCCCGGCUCUCGGUGAAGGAGCACCUGGACGGGAUCCUCAGCGACUUCGAAGCCCUCAAGAAGUCCUUUGAUGCGGAGGAUGCAGGCGACGCUCCCGGCUCCCCCGUUGCGUCCCCGCUGCCCGUGGGCGCCGCCGAGAGCCACCGGGCGCUGCAGCCCGGCCCCGCACCGCACAGCCCUUUGCUGCGGGGUCAGCACCGCGCCGGCCGGGCUCCUGGCGGCAUCGCCUCCUUCCAGAGCCACACGGGGCCGGGCAGCGACGGCGAGAGCCUGCGCAGCUCCAGCUCCAGCCUGGAAAGCCCCGCAGCCCCCCAGCCUCUCGCAGCACCCCCGUGCUUGAAGAAAGUGCCGUCGCACGGCUGCGUCUUCCCAGCGGAUGCGGAGUGUUCCCUCCACGUGGCCGCCGGGCACAGCUCGCUGCCGGCGCUGGACCUGCACAUCGCCGAGGAGCCGGGCAUCCCCCCGCCAGCCCCGCGCCCCACACAGCCGUGGGGUGCCCGCAGCCCCGCUGCUCUGCCCCACGCCCAUCUGCUUUCCUCCUCCUCCUCCUGCUCCUCAGGCGGUGAGAUGGCCCCGGGGCUGCCCCGUGUGCAGCUCAGGGUCAGCCUCAGCGCCAGCCCCCGCCUGGCCCGCCCGACUGCCCUGGCUGCCACUGCGGCUGCCAGCCCCGGCGAGGGGCUGCUCCCCCCGGCCGCCCCCUUCAAGCUGGUGUCACAGCCGCAGACGGUGCAAGUGAGCUCCCAGCCCGCCUUCCUCGGGGGGAUGGUGCUGGGGCCCGGCACCCCGGUGGCACUGAGGGACGUCAUUGGCACCGGCCCCGCCAUGGGGACCUGCUCGGUGAUGCCGCGGGGGCUCGGUCAGGCUGCAGAUGGAUGCUGUGCCGUGGUGACGCCGGAGCACGGAAGCGCUGAGCUUCGCUCCACGGCCGCCCCGUUUCACUUCCACCCAGCGCCCCGGGGUGAGGAGGAGGAGGAGGAGGAGCAGAGGAGGGGCCGUGGGCUGCAGCCUCCUCCUGCCUGCACCCCAGGAGUUAUUCGGUUGGUGAUCAGUGACCGGUUCGUGGUGCAGCGAGGGAGCAGCCUGGAGCCCCAGGAGCACAGCAUGGAGGAGGCGGCCGUGCCCCAGGAGCUGCCCCCAAACCGUGGGGCGCACGAGCUGUUUGGGUACGUGGGGAUUGAGGCCGUGCUCGAGCAGAUGAAGGUGAAGACCAUGAAGACGGGCUUUGAGUUCAACAUCAUGGUUGUUGGGCAGAGCGGGCUGGGGAAGUCCACCAUGGUGAACACCCUCUUCAAGUCCAAGGUGAGCCGCAAAGCCUCGCAGCCCGGCCAGGAGGAACGCAUCCCCAAGACGGUGCAGCUGCAGUCGGUCACCCAUGUCAUCGAGGAGAAGGGUGUGAAGAUGAAGCUGACGGUGACAGACACGCCGGGAUUUGGGGACCAGAUCAACAACGAGAACUGCUGGGACCCCAUCAUCAAGUACAUCAACGAGCAGUACGAGCGGUACCUGCGCGAGGAGGUCCUCAUCACCCGCAAGAGGAAGAUCCCGGACAGCCGGGUGCACAGCUGCGUGUACUUCAUCCCCCCCACGGGGCACUGGCUGCGUCCCCUGGACCUGGAGUUCAUGCGGAGGCUGAGCAAGAUCGUCAAUGUGGUGCCGGUGAUCGCCAAGGCUGACACGCUCACCCUGGAGGAGCGGGAGGAGUUCAAGCACCGGAUCCAGCAGGACCUGAAGGCCCACGCCAUCAGCGUGUACCCACAGGAGGAUUUUGACGAGGACCCGGAUGACCGGCUGCUCAACGAUAGGAUCCGGGAGAAGAUCCCAUUCGCCGUGGUGGGGGCGGACCAGGAGCACCAGGUGAACGGCAAACGGGUGCUGGGCCGCAAGACCAAGUGGGGCAUCAUCGAAGUGGAGAACCCGGCGCACUGCGAGUUCCCCAUGCUGCGGGACCUGCUCAUCCGGUCCCACCUGCAGGACCUCAAGGACAUCACCCACAACGUGCAUUACGAGAGCUACCGCGUGCGGCGGCUGAACGAGAGCAACCGCCCAGCGCUGAGCUCCAACAACGGGCUGCCGGGCAGGGACGAGGACGGGGACGAGAGCAACCUCUGAGCCCUGGGGCCCCGACCCCAUGGCAGCGCCCGGCCCCUGCCCCGCAGUGACUGUGCCACCUCAGCUCGCAGCCCCCCCAGCCCACGAGGACGAACGGAGUGGGCUCCCUGGGCAUCCCCGAGCUCUGCUGGGACGCCCGGAGCCCGCUCAACAUUAAAGGUGAAAACGGA